CAACUCGCCGGUUCCUCCCCAAUCCCCGCCCCCCCCGCCUACGGCUCCUACUACCAGGGCGGCGAUAACUACAACUCGCCGGUUCCUCCCAAACACGGCGGAAAGAAACAGCAGCACGGAGGGCAGCAAAAACCUUCCUACGGUUCGGGGUAUCAGUCCCACCAGGGCCAGCAGCAGCAGUCCUACAACCAGAACCAGUACAGUAACUACGGCCCGCCGCAGGGCAAACAGAAAGGCUACAACCACGGCCAAGGCAACUAUUCCUCCUACUCCAAUUCCUACAACUCGCCCGGCGGCGGAGGCUCCGAUUACAACUACGAGAGCAAAUUCAGUUACGGCGGCAACAGCGGCCGCGGAGGCGGAGGAAAUAACUACUCGGGAGGCGCCUCCUACAACACCGGUUCACACGGUGGCUAUGGGGGAGGAUCUGGGGGCGGAGGGUCCUCGUACCAAGGUAAGCAAGGUCAGUAUACGACACUUCCCUAUAUAUUUUUCUUGCUCUUUGUGAUACCGGUCACUAAUGGUUGA